AUGUUCUACAACCCGAUGCACGUUUGGCCUUUCUUUGAAAGCGGUCAUUGGAGACUGAUGACUCUCUUCUGCAGAAAUCCCACCCAAAAAUUCUUCCCAACCGGGACGGACGAUGUGGUUGAUCUAUUCAACCUGUUGGACAUCGGGAGUUCGCCGACGGACCGCCUCUCCGAGCUUGGGUUCCUCCUCGGAGGUGUUGGACUCAAUGGUACACCGUCUCGUCUUCGGAGCAGCGUCCCGACGACGACCAAGGAACAAGCCGGCCCCUUCGCCCUCCUCGACAUCCAUAACGCCACCGUUGGGCGGGACCUCUGCCUGGUUAUGCCUCUCGCCCAACUCAACGCCGCCUCAGAUCUGACGGAGCGCAUCGGGAUCCAGGCUACUCUGGUGUGA